AAAAAAAGGGAGUCACGCGAGAAAAAAAAACACUUUGUACGGUGCGAGAUGGCGAGCUCAGUGACGCUGCUUCUAUGGAGUCUUCUUCUUCUCGGUACCAUAAGCUCUAUUGAGGCUAAAAAGUCCAAGGAAAACUUGAAGGAGAUCACACACAAGGUUUUUUUCGAUGUUGAAAUUGAUGGGAAAGCAGCUGGUCGUAUUGUCAUGGGUCUAUUUGGCAAGACAGUCCCCAAAACUGUUGAGAACUUCCGAGCUCUAUGCACGGGGGAGAAAGGAAUAGGUAAGAAAGGAAAGGCUCUCCAUUACAAGGGGAGUUCAUUCCAUAGGAUCAUACCAAGCUUUAUGCUUCAAGGAGGUGACUUUACACAUGGAAAUGGAAUGGGAGGAGAAUCUAUCUAUGGUGAGACCUUUGCUGAUGAGAACUUCAAACUAAAGCAUACUGGUCCAGGGUUCCUAUCAAUGGCAAACGCUGGCCAAGACACCAACGGAUCACAAUUUUUCAUCACCACUGUAACAACCAGCUGGUUGGACGGGAGGCAUGUAGUGUUUGGGAAGGUAGUGACGGGAAUGGAUGUGGUCUACAAAGUUGAAGCCGAAGGAAAUCAGAGUGGAACUCCCAAGAGUAAAGUUGUGAUUGUGGACAGUGGUGAGCUUCCUCUGUAACUCAUCCGUCUGAUUCUUCAUUGAUGGGUAUGCUUUAGUGCUUGAAUACUUUUGUGUCAAAAACAACUGUCUUUAGUCACUUAUGAAUGAUUCUACAGCUAUGGCCGUUUAGCGGGUCCGUUAACAAGUCCCUAAUAAGAUCACAUAAUAGUUUACGAAAAA